UUCUCGAAACCUCUCUCGCCACGCCAUAUCGGUCAGAUAUUUCUCUGUUCUAUAUUCCCUCUGCCUGAAAUUUCUGAUUUGUCUUUCAUUUCUAUCAACAAAAAUUCUCCACCCUUGACCCUUACAUGAUAAUCAUAAAAUCUACACACCCUCAUAAUUUCACUUCCAGUUGUUGCGAAACCCUCGACAAAUUUUCAUUUUGACCCAUUAAUGAGCCCUUAAUUUUACGUUCCUUGUUAUCUUACUUUCGGUUACUUUCCCGCGAUAAUUUGGACACCAUGGCUGCAGUUCUUAGAUCCAAACCUGCAAAGGAAGCGGCUUCUUUCACAACUUCCCAAUUCAGGUACUUCUUAUUCAAUUGCGUGCACACCGGUAGCAUGUCUAGCUCUUACUCUACGCACUGGGAUAAAUGGGACGAUCAUUCUUCCAAUACUCCCUAUCACUUCAGUUCUUUGAAGCCCGUCUCGUUGCGCGGUGAAUUCGUCGAUAAGGGUACUCAAUUUUUGGAUAAUAGGAAAAGUAGAAGGUAUUCAAGUAAGGAUUUUGGUGGGAAUUGGAACCAGAGAUCGAAUUGUAGUAGUAAUAAUGGGUCCAAUUAUGGUGACCCACCAGAGGUAUGGCAACCUCCUGGGGAUGGGAUUACAACGAUUAGGGUAAGCGAAUCCGGCGCGAAUGUAGUCCGUGGCGGUGGAGGUAGAAAUGGGUCUGGGUCCAAUUCCAAGGAUGAGUGCUGGGGUGGAUCCAAUUUGGGGCAGAAUUUUCCAACACCAAAGGAGAUUUGUAAGGGACUGGAUAAGUUUGUAAUUGGACAAGAAAGAGCAAAAAAGGUGCUUUCCGUUGCAGUUUACAAUCAUUAUAAGAGAAUAUAUCAUGAUUCGAUUCAAAAGUGGUCUGCAGGAGAUUCAGGGGACAGCAAAGCAGAAGCUAUGAAUGAUGAUGGGGUAGAACUUGAGAAAAGUAACAUUCUUCUAAUGGGGCCAACAGGCUCAGGGAAGACUUUACUUGCCAAAACCUUGGCUCGGUUUGUGAAUGUCCCCUUUGUUAUUGCAGAUGCAACUACGUUAACUCAGGCAGGAUAUGUGGGGGAAGAUGUGGAGUCCAUAUUGUACAAGCUACUUUUGGCUUCAGGAAGACCCAAUUCUGCUGAUUAUAAUGUGGCUGCUGCCCAACAGGGCAUUGUAUACAUAGAUGAAGUUGACAAGAUCACCAAAAAGGCCGAGAGUGUUAAUGUAAGCAGGGAUGUAUCAGGUGAGGGUGUUCAGCAGGCACUGUUAAAAAUGCUCGAAGGAACGGUUGUCAAUGUUCCAGAGAAGGGAGCAAGAAAGCAUCCAAGAGGUGACAAUAUUCAGAUUGAUACAAAGGAUAUUCUUUUCAUAUGUGGGGGCGCUUUUAUUGACUUGGAGAAGACCAUUUCAGAAAGGCGCCAAGAUUCUUCCAUUGGGUUUGGUGCACCUGUACGUGCAAACAUGAGGACAGGAAGUGUUACUAGUGCUGCUGUAACAUCAUCUUUAUUGGAGACUGCUGAAAGUAGUGAUCUUAUAUCAUAUGGUUUGAUACCAGAAUUUGUUGGAAGAUUUCCUGUCCUUGUGAGUUUGUCAGCUCUUACUGAGAAUCAACUUGUGCAGGUUCUGACAGAGCCAAAAAAUGCCCUUGGGAAGCAAUACAAGAAAAUGUUUCAAUUGAAUGGUGUAAAGUUACAUUUCACAGAAAAUGCUUUGAGAUUAAUUGCUAAGAAAGCUAUAACCAAAAAUACUGGGGCUCGUGGAUUGCGGGCCAUACUGGAAAAUAUCUUGAUGGAUUCCAUGUAUGAGAUUCCCGAUGUCAGAACAGGUGAAGAUAUUUUAGAUGCUGUUGUAGUUGAUGAAGAGGCAGUAGGAACUGAGGGACGUGGAACUGGAGCCAAGAUCCUCUAUGGUAAGGGUGCAUUCGAUCGGUAUCUGUCGAAACACAAAUUGAAAGACACAGAGACAAGUUUGGAUGGGUGCGAUGGAGAACCGGAGGUGGAAACAGAGCUUUCUUCCAUAGUUGCCAGCAUGUAAUUGAUUGAUCUCAAUUUGUGUUGUACCCUUAUCCUUGUUUGUACAUAAUAGGUUCUCUGCGAAUUUAAGAAACUAAAUUUGUAGAUGCAGUUAAAAUGUGCAGAAUUGGAUUCUGUUGGGUCAGAAUCUUGACUCCUAAUUGUAGUAUUAAAUUAAUUGCCAACGAAUGAGCUUAUUUCUCGUAAGUUGUUUAGUGAACUGAAAAUUAAAUAGGCCAAA